AUGGAGAUAUUGAGUCGAUGGAAAAUGAGAAAGAGUUCCAUACGAACUCAAAAAAUUUCAUCCUCCUCGAUGACGCAAAUAACAGUAUUACUACUGAUUAUUGUAUCAUUAGUGCGCGUCCAGUGCUACAAUCCUUUAUUACGCGAACGGGUUUGGAGGCAACGAAUUGCUGGUGCCAGUGAUGAUGAGGGAAAAUUAAUUGCACUGCUCCCUCAACUUCUGCGGCUACGGGAAGAACUUCAGCAGCCAAGCGUCGCCUUCGAUAACAACCAGGAUGAUGACGAGGAAGAAUAUGAUAACGAAUGGGUGGUGCAAAUUGUCGGAGGACCACAGGAAGCUAAAAAUAUUGCACAAGCCGUCGGAUAUAAGUACAUCGCGCCGGUUAUCGUUGAGUUAUUCCAGAUGCGAGGUUUCGAGGAUAUCUAUAUUUUCUCCAAAGAUGGUGCUUAUCGUCAAAAAAGGAAAGCUGAUAGCGAAUCAACCCUCGCUCUACGUCGUCACAAAUAUGUUGUCUGGGCGGAACAACAGCGAGUCAGAAAACGAUACAAACGUGAUGAUGCCAUUGGUAGUAAUUUCGUUGCUAACGAUAAUAAUCACUAUAAUGAUAUGUUUAAUGAUCCGUUCUGGCCCGACCAAUGGAAUCUGGUUUGCUUUUGUGCUUAA